AUGUGUGGCCCGUUCAAGGGCUGUCAGGGCAUUUUGCGCCUCCUGGAAAUAAUCUUCAGCGCUUUAUCCUUCAUCAUCGUCCUCUUUAGAGGCAGGAUGGUGAGUCCGUGGGGUGUCUGGUGUGAGUUUGUGUGGGUUUUCUGCAUCAUUGUGCCCGUAGUGCUGAGCGUGGUUGAGCACAAAAUGUGGCACAUCCUCCUGGUCGCCUUCCUCCCCAACUGGGCUGACCUGACCUGCGGGCUGACCUCCCUGUGCGCCAUGAUGAUCACCUCUGCCACGGUCAUCUUUGCGGCCGUUUUCGUCUGCCUCUCCUGCAUCGGCAACAUCCUGUGUUUCAUCUUCUCUCUGGUUGCCACCCUUUUCUUCCUGAUUGACCUUGCAAUGCAAAAAAUGAAGUUUCCGAUAGGCUACCUGUCCAGCCUGAGAGGAGGACUCCGCACAGCAGAGGCCUUUACAGCGUGUAUUAUUCUCUCCGCUGCCGCUGACCACUUUGUUAACGGUGAAUUGGCCUUUCGCCCUCUCGGGAUGAUAUGCAGCAUCGUUUUGUUCGCCGUUUGCCUCCUGGUCACCGUGGUCAUCAUGGUUCUCCACCUGCUCAAGCUGCUGCAGUGUCUGCUCUCAUUCGGGCUGAGUACGAUGGAGCUGGUGUUUAACAUCGUGGCGGUGCUGUUGUACCUGCUCGCCGUCAUUCUCUGGUCCGUUUUCGGUUACAAACGCCACAAUUACAAUCCUUACAUCUGUCAGAAGUGUUCCUUCGUAGACAUGAAUACUGUUACCAUUGGAGCCAUCGUCAAUAUUGUCUUUUACAUCGUGGACCUGGUUUUAUCUGUCAAAUCUUGCUAG